UCACGAUAGAAGAAUAUAAAAAUAUAAGGAAAUCACGACACAAAAGAAUAUAAGAAAAUAAGAAAAUCACAAAGAAAGUAUACAAGAAAAUAAGAUAACUCACAAAAGAAUUCUAUACAAAAAUAAGAAAAUCACAAAAAAAGAACACAAGAAAGUAAGAGAACUAUGGCACUCGUGACGACUACCACGUUGGCCAUAAAGGCCGCUACACUGCUCCUCGGCAAGAUAGCCAUAGUUCCUAUACUGAUCGCGACGAUGGCUUACUUUAAUUACGACUUAAUGGACCCGGAGAACCAGCCGAAGGUGACGAAGAACUUGAUGAAAGAGUACGAUUUCAUAGUGAUCGGGAGUGGAUCGGCCGGCAGUGUGGUCGUUAAUCGGCUCACGGAGAACCCGGAGUGGAAGGUAUUGUUGUUGGAGGCUGGCGGGCACGAGACCGAGAUUACCGAUGUGCCGAUACUGUCGCUGUACUUGCAUAAAAGCAAAGUGGACUGGAAGUAUAGGGCCCAGCCACAGGACUCGGCGUGCCAGGCUAUGGUUGACCAUCGUUGCUGCUGGACCAGAGGAAAGGUUCUUGGUGGAUCGAGUGUGCUGAACACAAUGCUCUAUAUUCGAGGAAAUCGACGUGAUUUCGACCACUGGGAGAGUUUUGGAAACUAUGGCUGGGGCUACGACGACGUUCUGCCCUACUUCAAGAAGUCUGAGGACCAAAGGAAUCCCUAUUUAGCUCGGAAUAAUAAAUACCAUGCCACUGGUGGCUACCUAACGGUCCAGGACGCACCUUUCAACACCCCUCUGGGCGUAGCGUUCGUCCAAGCCGGCGAAGAGAUGGGCUACGACAUACUGGACGUGAAUGGCGAGAAACAAACAGGGUUCGGCUUCUAUCAGUUCACGAUGCGACGAGCCUCCAGGUGCAGCACAGCGAAAGCCUUUAUCCGGCCAAUCCAGCACCGCAAGAACUUCCACUUGUCUCUGUUCAGCCACGUCACCAAGAUCCUGAUAGAUCCCCGCACCAAACGUGCCUACGGCGUCGAGUUCAUUCGCGAGGGUCGCAAAGAGGUGGCCUACGCCAGGAAAGAGGUGAUCGUCUCCGGCGGCGCGGUGAACACUCCCCAGCUGUUGAUGCUGUCCGGAGUGGGGCCCCGGGCUCAUCUGGAGGAGAUAGGGAUCCCCGUGAUCCAAGACUCGCCGGGAGUUGGUCAGAACCUGCAGGACCACAUCGCCAUGGGCGGCCUUGCCUUCCUGAUCGAUUACCAGAUCAGCAUCGUGAUGAGCCGAUUGGUGAACGUGAACUCCGUGAUUCGGUACGUCAUCAACCAGGACGGGCCACUGACCUCGAACGUGGGUCUGGAGGCCGUCGGGUUCAUCUCCACCAAGUACGCUAACCAGAGCGACGACUGGCCAGACAUAUCCCUUAUGCUGACGGCGUCCUCGACGAACUCCGACGGUGGGACCCAAGUAAAGAACGCCCAUGGCUUGACCGACGAGUUUUACAACGAUGUAUUUGGGAAGAUCAACGAAAGAGACGUCUUCGGGGUGUUCCCUAUGAUCCUGAGGCCAAAAUCCCGAGGAUACAUCAAGCUGAAGUCGAAGAACCCGCUGGACCAUCCGCUCAUAUACCCUAACUACUUGACUCAUCCUGACGAUGUCAAGGUGCUCAGGGAAGGCGCCAAGGCUUCCGUAGCUUUCGGGGAGACGAAGAGCAUGAAGAGGUUCGGCGCCAGGUUCCAUAGUAAACCUGUGCCCAACUGCAAGCACUUGCCUCUGUUCACCGACGAAUAUUGGGAGUGCGCGAUCAGACAGUACACCAUGACGAUCUACCACAUGAGCUGCACAGCGAAGAUGGGGCCGGCUUCCGACCCUAUGGCGGUCGUGGAUCCCGAGCUGAGGGUCUACGGGGUGACUGGGUUGAGGGUGAUCGACGCGUCGAUCAUGCCCACAAUUACCAAUGGGAACAUCAAUGCCCCGGUGAUCAUGAUCGGGGAGAAGGGCGCGGAUAUGGUUAAGAGACAGUGGAUGACGAGAAGAAAGAGAGAUAAUGCGACUGAUAGUGGAUUUUGAUAUGAUCUUUGUUAGGGGAACGGGGCGUUUUAGGUGCUUUAGGCGCUAAGGUUUGUAUAGGGUGAGCUUUCGAGUACGAUGACUUCAAAUUUUUCAUUGACACUUUAUCGGUCGCUGGUACGACAGUUCUGCCACGGCACAAACUAAUGUUAACGGCCGCUGGUACAAUGCGUGUAUCGCGCGCAGUGUGCUCGGGAAAAAUCGCUACGCAAGGAGUGGGGGCAGAGGACGCAUACGCGGUAGACCCGCACAGCGGCGUGGCGCGUCCACAAGGUGGCAGCUAUUGUAUCGU